UCAACAAACUGUCAAAUUGUGUUAGCAUUGUGUACGGCGCACACGUGUUUAUUGAGAUAUAGUUGUUUAUAAAUUGCUUAAAAUGGGUAAAGUUAAACAAGAACCUACAGAACAUGAAGAGACAGAGCAAGCGGACGUGAGUGUAAAAACUGAAACAUUAAGUUACGAUGACAAAGUAAACAACUGCAGUGUGAUCGCCAAGCCGAUGGCCCCCAGAAAACUAAGCAAAAAGAUUUACAAACUAAUAAAAAAAUCUAGUAGUCAUAAGAACCACAUUAAAAAUGGACUUAAAAUCGUACAGAAACAACUGCGUUUGGGAGAGAAAGGUUUGGUGUUUUUCGCCGGUGACAUAUCUCCGAUAGACAUCAUGUGCCACCUACCUGCAGUGUGUGAGGAGAAGGAUGUGCCUUACUGCUAUACUCCAAGUCGACUGGACAUCGGUUCUGCUAUGGGAACCAUGAGAGGAUGCAUCAUGGUCCUUGUCAAGGAACAUGAAGACUACAAAGACUUAUUUGAUGAAGUCAAGAGUGAAAUUAAGUUUCUGGCAAACCCACUUUAAAUUUUAUUAGUUAAUUAGGUUAAGAUUUGAAUAAGGCCCAAAAAUAUUAAAUAUAUUUUUAAAAAACACUUGUUUUAUCACAUUUCCAUACAUUUUUGGACAGUUAUUCUUAAUAUAAGGAUAUUAAAAGAUUAAAUAAAACAAGUCAAUAUCAUUUACACAUACAUUUAAUACACUUAUUAAAAUCUAUGGGUACGUAAAAAAUGGCAGAUUGUCAUUUAUUGACAGUGAAGAUUGGCAAAAUACAAUUAAGGGUUCACACACUAUCCAUUGUCGCAUUGCAAUUGUAAUCAUGAACAUUAGUGCUACAUUAUAAUUUCAGAAGUAUGUAAUACAACAAAGAAUAGAAAUAGAAAACAAAUGCUUACAUAGAAUUUGUUAACUUAAUAUCUUACUAAAAGUAUUCAAGUCAUCUUUUAAAAAUGGCUCCUUCAUUUUUGUAAGUGACUGCAAAUGUCUAUUAAUAUAGUCAUUGUUAUUAUGAGUUC